AUGUCGAAAUUUUUCUGGGGCCUGAUCGCCUUCCUAUCGCUGUUUCUCACCGUCUUGGCGAAAAUUCAAUUACUUGCUCAAGACUUCAAGCUUGCCGACGACUCAGUCAGAAACGUCAAGCUGAUUUGGACAUCAGACUCGAAGGCAGAGAAGUUUCGUGUCUACCGCAAAUCAUCCGACUCCGGGUUUCAAGCACUUGCCUCCGGACCUUUCCGAAGUUAUGACGAUUACGAUGUGCCUGAAGGUCCACACUCCUAUCAAGUCUUCAGUCUGGGUGUCGACCCUGCCGAGGGCUCCAACGUCGUUACUCGAAAUCCGUUGCCCUCCGAAACCUUGGAAGGCUUCAGUUCAUACGACAACAUCAAGUCUGAAAAACUCGAUAUACGUUCGAAAAUCCACCUAGAUGAUACCUACUACGAGUAUCACCUGGUAUCUGACAAGGAGGGAAUGUCUGCAAUCAAAGAAUUUAGCUCGCUGGAUGGCUAUACGUUCGAAGAGCAUCGAGUAGUUUUGACGAGGAAGGAAGUUUGCACAGGAAGUCCGAAGGGCACUUGCAAGUUAGAAUCCCUGUCGUUUGUCCAAAACCCAACCACCACGGAGGUAGUAAUGUGGGCACAUUGGGAAGAGGCCGGCGGCUAUGGAAAAGGAGAAGCUGCUGUCGGCUAUGGUCGACCUGGUCAAGGCUCGUGGAAAUUCGGGGGUUCUUCCAGGCCGCUCGGCCAUGACUCCCGUGAUCUUGCGUUCUUUGUCGAUGUCGACCAAUCGGGGUAUGUCAUCUCCUCGACCAACACCAACCGGGACAUGAACAUCUACCGCCUUACCCCAGACUGGCACCAGGUCAAGGAAUUGGUCGCCACCGUCUUGAAGGGCCAGGCGCGCGAGGCACCGGCGAUGAUCCACCACGAAGGCAUGUACUAUCUCUUCACCUCUAUCGCCGCCGGAUGGUAUCCAUCCACAGGCAAGUACAUCUCCGCCUCGAAUAUCGCCGGACCCUGGAGCGAGAAUCAGAUCAUCGGUAAUCUUGGAGGGUUCUCCGCCCAAUCGGGCGAGAUUGUCAAGAUCGGCUCCUCCUUCGUCAUGCGUGCAAACAAAUGGAGGAUCCCAGAUAUCGACCCCGAAGGGACCCCCCUACGGCAGGUCCUCCUGAUUAUUAGUGUACACAAAGGAGCGGCUACUUGUGCCUUCUAUCCAGAAGUGCUCUACCGAGACACUGGUGACAACGCUCGCGCCUAUGGAGUCCAAAACGGACGAAUCGUUUCAGUCGGAAAACCGGUCGCCUCCACUGGCGCUGCUAAAGACCAUCCUGAAACUUUAGCUAACAGUGGAGUAAACACGAGACCGCGAUCCUUUUUCCAGCCGACCUCUGUGCCAUUCAUCUAUGCGGUUGACCUUGGGGCGGUUCACAAGUUGCGUCACAUCGAGCUGACGACUUUCCUCACUUCGGGGAGCGAGGCGGCGGCCCAAUUCAUCGUUGAGGGCAGUCUCAAAGCCAACGGCCCCUACAAGCCCUUCCUCGACCAAUCGAACAACACCCGCGUCGGCUUCGUCUCUGCUCCCGUGCUCAACGACUUCAACUGUCGAUAUGUCGUUGUCAAGGUCCAGAAUAUCACUAAUAUGCACAACAAACGCCCUGGCAGGCCCGGGGUCCAUGAGUUUACCGUUUUUGCAGAACCGCUUUCAAAAUCCACUUCUGCCUCCCGCCCAUCUUCAGUAUAA